CAUACACCACAAGAACCAAAUGCUUUUCCUUCACAUUCACAUAUACUGCUGAGAGAGAGAGAGAGAGAGCCCCAGGAAAAAGAAAAGAAAGCUCCCCUUCAGAAUAAAAGUGAGAAGAGAAAACAGUGAGAGAGAGAGAGAGAGAUCACCCACUCUACCUACAUCGGAGAUUGGGGAGCUUAUGCGCAACUCUCAAAGCUGGUUGUAUUGUAUAGAGUAUUAGACUACAAGAGUAGUGAGAGUGAGAGUGAGAGAGUAGUUUGUUUGCACUUUGCAACCUCUCCCCACUAGUCCACUACGCAAAAACAAAACAACCAAAACACAUGCUCCUCGAUGCCAUAAACCCUUCUCACUCCUUUCUCUCUCCCUAUCUCCAACUUUUUUCUUCUCCUUUACUCUCUGCUGCCGUGCUGCGUCCUCCUCUCUUCUCCCUCCUCCCUCCUCCCUCAACUCUCAACCCCUCCUGCUUCUUGCUUUCUUGUUCGUUAGGUUCGUUAAAGGGUUAGUUGAAGACCUCUGGUUCAGCCAAGAUGAUUAAAUUAUUAGACUUCUACCAUGUCAUGACUGCAAUGGUUCCACUCUACGUGGCCAUGAUCUUAGCUUAUGGCUCUGUCAAAUGGUGGAAGAUCUUCUCGCCGGAUCAAUGCUCCGGAAUCAAUCGCUUCGUUGCCCUCUUUGCCGUUCCACUUCUCUCCUUCCACUUCAUCUCCACCAACAAUCCCUACGCCAUGAACUUCCGCUUCAUCGCAGCUGAUACCCUUCAAAAGCUUAUCGUCUUGGGCAUUUUGGCCGUGUGGUCCAACGUCAGCAAGCGAGGCUGCUUGGAGUGGACCAUCACGCUCUUUUCUCUGUCUACUCUCCCAAACACGCUCGUCAUGGGCAUCCCUUUGCUUAAAGGGAUGUAUGGAGAUUUCUCGGGGAGUUUAAUGGUGCAAAUCGUGGUGCUUCAGUGCAUCAUUUGGUACACUUUGAUGCUGUUCAUGUUUGAGUACAGAGGGGCCAAGAUGUUGAUCACUGAGCAGUUUCCGGAGACAGCUGGUUCCAUUGUGUCCAUCGCUGUUGAUUCCGAUGUGAUGUCGUUGGAUGGCCGUGAGCCGCUGGAGACUCAGGCGGAAAUUAAGGAAGACGGGAAGCUUCAUGUUACUGUAAGGAAGUCCAAUGCUUCCAGGUCAGAGAUCUUCUCUAGACGCUCUCAAGGGUUGUCGACCACGCCGAGGCCUUCCAAUUUAACAAAUGCAGAGAUAUACUCUCUGCAGUCGUCCAGGAACCCAACUCCAAGAGGGUCCAGCUUCAAUCACACGGAUUUCUACUCAAUGGUUGCCGGUGGCCGGAACUCUAACUUCGGAGCCUCGGAUGUUUAUGGGCUUUCAGCGUCGAGAGGACCGACACCGAGGCCGUCUAAUUAUGAAGAGGAUAACAAGGCUAGAUUCCAUCACCAUGCAACAGGUGGGGCACAGUACCCGGCUCCAAAUCCCGGCAUGUUCUCUCCUACUGGAUCCAAACCGGCCUCUAAUAAUACAGCUGCCACCGCUGCUGCUACUUCUGCUAAAAAGACCACCAAUGGCCAAGUGCAGCAGAAACCAGAAGAAGGGACGAAAGAUCUUCAUAUGUUCGUCUGGAGCUCAAGUGCUUCUCCAGUCUCAGAUGUCUUUGGUGGUCAAGAAUAUGGCGUUGCAGACCAGACUGUAAAAGAUGUUAGAAUGGCUGUUUCUCCCGGAAAAGUGGAGGGUCGUAGAGAGAACCAAGAAGAGUACAUGGAGAGAAAUGAUUACAGUGGAGUAGUAGUAGAUAGGGAGAUGAACGAUGCAGGGCACAAAAUGGGUGAUAGCAAACCCAAAGGCAUGCCUCCUGCUAGUGUCAUGACGAGGCUUAUUCUGAUCAUGGUGUGGAGGAAACUCAUCCGAAACCCCAACACAUAUUCCAGCCUACUCGGCCUCACUUGGUCUCUAAUUUCAUUCAGGUGGCACGUUGAGAUGCCUGCUAUAAUAGCAAAGUCCAUCUCAAUACUGUCAGAUGCGGGCCUUGGCAUGGCCAUGUUCAGUCUGGGUCUGUUCAUGGCCUUGCAACCGAGGAUCAUAGCAUGUGGGAAUUCUAUAGCAUCUUUUGCCAUGGCUGUGAGAUUCCUUACAGGUCCAGCUGUCAUGGCAGCUGCUUCCAUUGCUGUUGGGCUGCGGGGCGUUCUCUUACACGUCGCCAUUGUACAGGCUGCUCUUCCACAGGGAAUUGUCCCCUUUGUCUUCGCCAAGGAAUACAACGUACAUCCUGAUAUUCUCAGUACCGCUGUUAUUUUUGGGAUGCUGAUUGCAUUGCCCAUCACGCUGGUUUACUACAUUUUGUUGGGUCUGUGAGAAAAUCAUCAACAAUUGUUGCAUCAUCGCCUCGCCGUCGACGGAGGAGAAAUUAACCAAGUGGAUCAAGCCACCGGAAAUGAGGACUGUGGAAGAAAACGGCGAGUUUCAAAAAUGAUUAAUCCGAUAGGCGGCAGGGGGGGCUGCAGGCCAUCUCUAUGAUGAUCAUGUUUAAUUGGGUGGAUUUUGUUUCUAGUAAAAUUGUAAAAUCAUAUUUGUAGUCAAGUGAAAUCUUUUUGGUUCAUUAGUUACUUCAUUGUCAUCAUAACCUUUCACUUCUCGUCCAAGAAUAGUUUGAUAGAAGCAGUGAUUGAUAUA